AAUGUUGUUCAACGACUUGUCAUCGUGACUUGCAUUUUAGUAGGGUGCUUCAAUUUCAUAGUCAUUUUUUUUUUUUUUAAAUAUGAACUACUCCAAUAUUCGAUUUACUUGGAAAGAUGAAACAAUAAGUUGAAAAUGAUGGAAAAAUGUCAUUCCAACCAAAUGCUAAGGAAGAGAGAGAUAUAGAGAGAGAGAGAGAGAGAGAGAGAGAGAGAGAGAGAGAGACAGAGAUCUAUAGCGAUACAAGUAGAAAAUUUUCGACCGAGAACUGAAGUAGAUCGGCAGAUUCUCUAUCUCAAACUGUUACAUAUUUUCUUGUGUGUAAUCUCAAUUUCAUACUCGAUUUCAAAGAAUUAAGUGUCGCAGAGGGAUGAGAGAAUACAUGAACGUUAAUGGCAUCUAAACUAACCCCGAAACUCAUCACUUGCUUAAUCCUCCCAUCCUGCUUCCUCAUCCUCUUCUACUCCUCAUUCCUCCCUUUCAUCCCACAAUCUCCCGCUUCCGAAACCCCUAUUUUACCCCCUGCAACAUGCAAUCUCUUCGAGGGGCGGUGGGUUCUUGAUCCCACUCGCAAACCUAUGUACGAUUCCACCUGCCCUUUUCACAGAAAUGCGUGGAACUGCAUCAAGAAUGAAAGGGAUAACAUGGCUCGGAUCAAUUCCUGGAAGUGGUCGCCCCAUGGUUGCGAUUUGGAUCGUGUCGACCCGGCCGGGUUCUUGAAUUUGAUGAGAAAUAAGAAUAUUGGAUUUGUUGGGGACUCUUUGAACGAGAACUUUUUGGUAUCGUUUCUGUGCGUGAUGAGAUUGGGUGAUGCUGGUGCUAAGAAGUGGAAGAGAAGAGGUGCUUGGAGGGGGGCUUAUUUCCCCAAAUUCAAUGUCACUGUGGCCUAUCAUCGUGCCGUUUUGCUCGCUAAAUAUGAGUGGCAGGCUAAACAGCCUGGAAUUUCUGACGAAGAUGGAGUCAAAGGAAUAUAUCGAGUAGAUGUUGAUAUUCCAGCUAAUGAUUGGGCUAACAUUUCUGGUUUCUACGAUGUUCUGGUCUUCAACACUGGUCACUGGUGGGGUUUGGAUAAAUUCCCAAAAGAGACUCCUCUCGUAUUCUUCAGAGGUGGGCAACCAAUUCAUCCUCCUCUGGAAUUGAUGGAUGGGCUGAAAGUUGUUGUGGAGAAUAUGGUGGCUCAUAUUGAGAAAGCAUUCCCCAAGAAGGUGCUCAAGUUCUGGCGGCUGCAGUCACCGAGGCAUUUUCAGGGUGGCGACUGGAAUCAGAACGGAAGCUGCUUGUUUGACGAGCCUCUUGAAGAAUCUGAGCUUGAUUUAUGGUUUGAUCCGGUUAACAACGGAACAAACAAAGAAGCUAGAAGAGUGAAUGAAGUGAUUGGGGAGGCGUUGAAAGGCACGGGCAUCAGAACGCUGGAGUUGAGUCGUUUAAGCGAGUGGAGAGCCGACGCUCACCCAGCAGUGUGGUUGGGGAAGAAGGAUGCAGUGGCUGUGUGGGGUCAGGACUGCAUGCAUUGGUGCCUGCCUGGUCUUCCUGAUACUUGGCUUGAUAUCUUAACACAACUCAUCACCACCACCUACAACUUUGCCACACUUUGAUUCAACAUUUAUUAAUUCAUUUCCUUGCUGUUCCAAUGCAACUACCAGUUUUGAUGAGACUUUAUGUUUUCCAA